AUGGCCAUGACUGGCUACAGCUUCGACUCGCUCAGGCUGCUCGUCACAUUCUGGCUUGGGAAAGGCAUCAACCUCUUCCUCGCCGAGCCCAUCGUACCGCAUUGCACCCAGAGUGUCACCACGUUACCAACAUCACACCUCGGCACCGACGAGGCUGCCCGCCUCGCCUUGUCGGAACAACUCUUCACCAACACCGCCAGGCCCCUGGACUCCGCAGAUGAAUUCUCGCGGCAGUUCACGGCGGCCAAUACCCGAUGGGAGACCUGUGGGCUCUUCUUCACCGCGGUCGGCAGGGCGACCUUUGACGUGCCUUUCUUGCCGCCACUAUACAAGGACAGCGCUGGACAGAUGAGCCUACGCAAGUUUGCCACUCAGAUGAGUGAUAAACGCCGCCUCAGCGACCAUAUCGCAUCACUCUCCACCCUAGGCUACCACCAAAAGAUCGAGACCAAACCCCCAGAGGCCCCCUUCUUUCUAGCCGAGUUCCGCCGCACCGCAUUCGCCUACAGUUACUCGGCGGACAAGAAUGUCGCCAUCUUCCUCGGCCGUCCCCCACGAAUCAGCCGGCGGUUCUGUUACUUUCAGGGUCCGCUGUUCUAUGAACCUGUUAAGUACGGCGGUGCUGGUGCUGGUGACAAUCUAUCGAAUCACGGUAACCAGCCAAGCGCUAAGACCGACUUUGAGACUUCGCGGACGUGGUUCUCGUGGAGAACCGACACGGCUAUCACGUACCGUGCGUUCGCCCGGUGGUCAGCCAUGUGUGCGGCUCUCAAAGAGGAGAUAUUAGAGCUUCUGAAUAAUAGGAAGGCGCCAGACUGUCUGCUAAGAGCUAGGCAACCCACACAAGCACGCGCACAAGCCCAAUGGGCAGCUUUACCCGCACACUUCAAGCUCGAGAACAACUCCCUCAAGCCGCACCUAGCCACUGGCCCCUCGGCCACUGCCACACCAACACCAGCUACCCCGGGGCGCGACUUUAUUACCAGCGUGCGCCUGGACUACCUCCACGUGCUAUUCCUCCUGCGUCUGGUGUUCAUGAACUCCUUUACCGAGCCGGACGCCAGCAUGGUCGAGAUCUCCGAGGGGAUCCUGGAGCUAGUGGUCGACAUUGUGCUGGUGAGACUGGCCAACUCGGGCACCAACCUGUCAUGGAAGGUGACCUACUUCGGCCUCCCUGCGCGGCACAAAUCUGCUCCUACCAUCACAACGAACGAUGCAACACAACCCGCACCGGCGCCACCAGUUAACCAGAGUAAAGUUCUCCGCCUGCUAAUCGUCCUCGUCGCGGAGCUGGAGACCGGCACGCUCGCCAAGCCCGACGAGCCCAACUAUGGUCUGGUGUCGACGGCGACGGAACGAUUCAGGGGUUCUUGA